CAGUUUGACAUUACAUUGUUAUUUACGUUGACUUUUGUUGUCGCUGCAUCUUUAAAUUGCUCCGAUCUCCUAAAUCUCACAUUAACUUCCAUUAAACAGACAAUGUGUAGUUUUUAUUGGUAAUAUCUGGAAAUAUCCAUCCAAAUGUUGUCGAGAGUGACUUAAAUGAUGCCCAGUUUGUUAAAAAGUAUUAGUGGCUUAAUAACAUAAUAUAACCAUAGUAACCAUAGAGUUAGGGUCUAACAUACAUGGGAGCAGGGCUAAGUCACUUUAUCAAUGCCAUAUUAGACGCCAUGUUUCCUUCUACAGGAGCCCGUGAGAACAAAACACAUUUAUUGAUUUGUAACAAGCAGCUGUAAAACUUUCGCCAUUCAUAAACGUUGUUUUACAUGUUUGCCUCUUCGCUCGUUGCCAGGGAGUCUGGUGUGCUUGUCAUUUUGCUGGAGGUUGUUCUCCCAGGGAUUUUUGACCCUAAUGGCCAUCCGUUGGCAAGGUCUUGCUCGAACACAAAAAUACUGCUUGCUUGCAGUGAUUUAGGCAUUAUCGCCAGGGAAAAUACACAUCAUCACUUUUAACUUAAGAGAUGAUUCUUGGUGAGUUUUCCAGAAUCUUGCGCAGCUAUUUUUGACCAAAUGUUGAAAUAGGGUUAAGAAAAUGUAAGAACUUUACAGUGCAGAAGAACAAAGUUAUAAUAUUGGAUCUUAACUAAAGUGUUUACAAUAGUCGGGUUUUGAAGUUAUUUUAAAAUGCUGAGCAUUUCAUAUUUAGAAAGUGUAGUUUAGAGAUUAGUCUGGAUGACAUGGCGUUGGAUGCUUUUAUAAGUCAGGUGGUUUUGCUGUGUGAGCAUUUCGCAAAAGGAAAAGAAGAGUAACCUAAAUAAAAAUAAAUACAGCUUUAAAGUUUUAAAUAAAAUCUUUCACGAACCAAUGAAAGCAUUCUGUAUUUCCAACAAAGGAUCCUGGACCAUUGGCUUCAUCUUUGGAGCUUUUCACCAGACUUGGGAUUGCGGUGAUGUCAUAGCCAUUAAAUAAUUAAUAUCUGUAGGAGGAAAAAAAUCAAUACAAGCUGCAUUGCGCGAGGGUAUAUAAACAGUAUAUGCAGUUGAGAGAAUGAGAGCAGAGGGCAGUCAGACAGACAGAUAGAUGGGAACCCCACCCUGGCCUGGUUCCUCUCUGCUCUGUUCAGCGAUAAGCAGCCGAGGAGGAAGUCGAGCAUUAUUUCAGCGGGACGCGUAAGAGACGACAGAAGGCAGGUCUGUCAGGCUCAGAGUGUUGAAGAUGCUGCUGGUAGAGAAACCACAAACAGCCUCGAUCUGUUGAUCUUCUAACCAGCCGACUGGCCGAAAAGGGAACCAAAACUCAGAGCGUGCUGGUUGAUUUCUGACCCCGAAGUCUGAGCAAGAGACUGUACCUCAACGUUUUGCUGCUUCCUUUUACUAAAAGUGACGCUGGUAUAGAUUUCUGUCCAAAUCUGAUUGCUCUUUAGAGUCUGGACCAGUUUUUGGGCUCGGGCAUGAAACUGAAGCAGUUCUUCUUCUGGUGAAAAAAGCAAAACUAUUGUAGAAGUAGAAGAAUGUCACAGAAAAGGACGACUAAAGCUGAGUGAAGCCUUCGGUUGAAGAGUAGGGCAUGAAUGUCAACAACAGUUUUUGGAAUUAGAGAUCCUGAAUUUUAUUCUCCCCUUAGCUCAUCUGCAAAGCUAAAAUAUCCACAUAGGUGCUUGUUUGAUAUGUGGAUGCUGAUAAAAGGACUUUUGUGCUGGUGGAAAGCUGUCUCAGCAUAAGAGUUCUAGCUCAGUGGGAAGCCUGUCCUGGAACAGACAUGGAGGGACUGGAGCAACUUAAUGGAGUGGGUGAUAUCAGCCCAGCGCUGGAGGCAACAGAGGACUUUAUCCACUGCAUGGACAGGAUGCAAGGCCAAGGUCCGAGCCUGGUUCAAGCUAACAACCGGCAGCCUCCGAGGCAGCCCAAGCAGAUGCCGGACGUGUCCAGCGCUGCUCUGGGGAAGCUGGGCUCCAGUGGUGUGUGGGGUCUGCUGGCUGGAGAGCAGCCGGAGGUGGGGCCCCUGGGCCUGGCUUGGGCCGACAACUUUAGUGUACUGGGACUGGGAAUGGGCUUGAGGCAUGGUAAGAGAAGUAGAGCGCGAUCCACCAAUGACCUGGCGGCCCAUAUCCAGGAGUGCACCAACAACACGGGCAACUCCUCAUCCAAGUCGGUGUUUAAGAAGGGACACAACCGGUCCAGGUCAGAUGUCAACUACCGUCCAUCUGCAUACACGGACAACGGUCUGCCCACAGUGGACUGCAACACGCUGAAGAACAUGAUGCUCAACCAGCAGCAGGAAGCUGAUAAAACUAGCAGUAGCAGUGUGGCGAAGCAGGGUGAGCUAGAGCAGCGAGAGGGACCCCGGGGCCGCUGGACACCCUGCUACGUCGAGUUGACGUCCUGCGAGCUCCGACUCUACACUUUAGACAGCAGUGCCAACCGGCAGCUGGGCACCGUUUACUCGCUGUCACACUGCCAGAGCGUCAUCUCACCAGCACCCUGCAGCCAGUCCAGUCAGUUCAGCCAGCCUGCUGAUCAACGCACGCUCCAGACAGUGUUCUUUAACAGCACACGUCUCCAGCUGAGGGCGGCAAACCAAUGGGAAGCCUUGGAGUGGAAACGGCUGAUGUGGGAGAAGGUCCAGGCAGUCAGACCCAUGAGGCAGGAGAGGAAGCAUAAAAGCCCGGUGGAAAAUCAGCCGAUAGUCACUUUCCCUACUCCCAUGUCUCCCUCUUCUUCACCCUCUCCGUCCGGGCUUGACACAAGACCUGAUGGCGACAGUGACACCCCAACCUCAGCUGAUGCAUCUCACUCUAACUCUGUAGUCCUGAGCAGACCCACCACCCUGCCUCUCUUUACCCAGCGCUGUCGCGAUGUCCUCAAAGUCGGUUUGCUUCACCUGCUGAUGGAUCAGAACAACUGGCGGGCCUUCACCUUUGUCCUGUCUAGAUCCUCUCUCCAGGCCUUCCCUACCAAAGGCCAUGGGUCUGUGUCCCAACCUGUCCUCCAAUUCUCCCUUGCAUCCUGUUUGGCUGUGCAGUAUGAUCUUGAGCCAGACAAUGAAGAGUCAUGGAUAGAGAAAGGGAAGUGUUUCCAAGCUGUUUUCUCUGAAGAGGUAGUCCAACUUCAGGCAGACGAUCACCUCAAGGCUCAGGAAUGGGUGAAGACCCUACGGGAGGCCGUUGAAGCACAAAGACCUGCAGAAGAAAACCCCAGAGACUCGGGAGAGGGAUCUCCAGGCCUGCAAGUAUUGCUGAGGAGAUUAAAACCAUCAAGGGAUGGAAGACAGAGGGAGGCCCAGAGAGCCAAGCGACAGUCGGUCACCACCAGUUUCCUCAGUAUUCUCACCUGUCUGGCUGUUGAGAAGGGACUUACUGCUCAGAGCUUUAGGUGUGCAGGUUGUCAGCGUCCGAUUGGUCUUUCCAGAGGAAAAGCAAAAGUGUGUUACUACAGCGGCUGGUAUUACUGCCAGAGCUGCCAUCAGGAUAACUCUUUCCUCAUCCCAGCACGCCUGCUGCACAACUGGGACACUAGUAAGCACAAGGUGUCUAAACAGGCCAAGGAGUUUCUGGAGUUCGUGUAUGAGGAGCCAUUGCUGGAUAUCCAGCAGCUCAACCCAUGUCUGUAUGAACACUGUGAACCUUUAAGCACAGUGCUGCGUCUCCGUCAGCAGCUGCAGUCGCUGAGAGCUUACCUGUUCAGCUGCAGGGCAACCAUCGCUGAAGAUCUCAGGCGGAGGAUUUUUCCCAGGGAAUACCUGCUACAGCACAUUCACCUGUACUCCCUGGCUGACCUGCAGCAGGUGAUUGAUGGGAAACUGGCUCCCUUCCUGUCUAAGGUGAUCAAGUUUGCCAGCUCCCACGUGUUCAGCUGCAGCUUGUGUCGAGAGAAGGGCUUCAUCUGUGAGCUGUGCCAGAACGGACAGGUCAUCUAUCCCUUCCAGGAGAACGCCACCCGCAGGUGCGAUGGAUGCGGUGCCGUUUUCCACGCUGAGUGUCGGCAGAAAGCUCAGCCGUGUCCUCGCUGCGUUCGCAGAGAACUCCACCACAAGAGGCCGUCGUCCUUCUGGUCGCCCGACGACGACUCCCCCGGCUGCUUCCACCUGCCGUACCAAGACACCUGAGAUCUCCUCCCGGGGGUGUAGUCUGGAACCAACGAGGCACCGCUGGGCGGCUGCACCGGACACAGUGCCUGUUUCUGAUUUCUGCGGAGCUUAUUAGAAGUUCUGACCUAAAACGAAGACUUUGACACAAAAACACGUGAGCUGAGCCUCUUCUGUUCUGCUGCAAAGAGCAAAGAGAACAAAUUACUCGUAUUUUGUUGUCAGACGUCUUCAUUCCCCUUACCUUCACAUCUCUUGUUCCAGGGUCUGAACAUUAAGAUUUAGAAGUCAAGGUGGUCCGAAACAUCAGCAGCUUGGUGUAACUUUCUGCUUUUAAAGACGUGCUUCAGUUGAGCAUCAGUAGCAGAAAGCCAGUCUGAUAUUUGGCCGCUUAUUUAGCCAAAAAGCACAAAAUUAGCACCUUUGCUUUGUUGGAAUUAGUAAUAAAUUGCUAAGCAGAAGAAAAAGAGUAGAACUGUUAAAAAAGAAAACCCAGUUGGAUCCUUCCCUGUUUGUAGCAGCUAAAGGUUCAUUUAAAAUAAAAUUCUCCGACUGCAGCCUUUAAAGCUGGCCGACAACACGUUCUCAAUAUUAGAGACAAAAACACUCUUACUGAAGGAGGUGUGUGUGUGUGGAUUACACUUAUUUGUGGGUAUUUAUUAAUGAAAAUAUCACCAACAGUAAAAUGUUGGGCCUAUGGUGCGUUCAGGGGUCAAGCCUAGCAGGAAUUUCUUAAUUCCUCUGUGGAAGCUGCGUGGUUCAAAGCAAACCUUUGUGUGAAAUUUUGAUGAUCGAAGCUUUCGUCUAGGCCAAGUUUUGACUAGCUGUUAGCUUAUCAAUCCUGAAGGAUGGAAUCUGUUAUUUCUGCAAACUAAGGCUGUUCAGGAAGCCAUUUCCAACAGGAAAGAUGGUAAAGGUGUGCAAAUUCUGCACCAAAACACUCCUCAGAAUAGCUGAAAAGUCCCUUUUAAGCAAAAAUGAAUUCCCCUUUUGCUUUGUUUAGCUUUCUGUAGAACUCAAACAAAAGCAAUGUUUUUAGGCGUGGUGUGUGUAUGUGAGGGCUCCGACCGAUCUCCUGGCCUAAAACAAGUUAACAUUUAAAUAAUAAUAAUUCACAUUAGACUUUUUAAAUACCUGCUAAAGCGUUUUCAGGGAGUUGAUUCCAUUAGACUUCGGGAUCUAGAGCAGCUAGAUUAGCGUAAUUUCCCACAUAAAGUGUUGCAUUUUUAUUUUAUGACACAUUGUUCUUCUUUUCCUGCAACUAGCUUAAAUGACUGUUUUCCUUCAUGUAAAUGUAAAAUCCAGACUUUAACUGGACCGGUGAGUCUGACAUCGUCCUCCCUCCAUCAGCCUGAUGCUGAGAUUAAAGAGGCAAUAAUUUACUGUAACUUCUUCUCUCAUCGUUGCCUUUCCCCCUCUGAUUCUGUUCCCGUUGUGCUUUAUUCAUGCGUAAUCAGACAUGAUAGCAGCUUUAGCUUUUAGUAUCUAUGCAACCUAGAUGGCCUUUAUAUUCCACUGCUUUCAUGUAUGAAAGACAAGAUUUGAUUUGUUUUAAGGCCUGAAACGGCUGCUGUGUCUUUGUCCCGUUUGAAAGCAGAAUUUCAGAAAGUCUGUUUACAUUUUUGGCUCCUUAGUCAAAUUUUAAAUGACUGAAAAUCGACACAAAUCAGAUCAAUUAAAAUAAAUCGACUUUAAUCAGAAAUUAAAGGUCGACGUUUUACAACUUUCUGGUUUUACUUUGAAAAGCGAGGGUUUAUGUAGCUGCUGAAACUUCCUGCUUGAGGUUUUGUUUUUCUCUGACUCUCCGCUACCGAGCUGUUCCUGUACGUUUGUAAGUUUGAGCCAUUAAAUGUGAACUCUGAAGCUCAUUCAUGUAAAAAUCAGGUGCUUUAAUGCAGAGAUGUGAACUUUCGUUUUCAUGAAAGAGAAUCUAAGAGUUGAAGUUUAAAAUAUGCACUGAUUCUUUUGUGUAAUUAAUGCUUUCUUUAAAUCAUGGGAGGAUUUUCAAAAUAAAAGUUUGUCAUGGACCGUGCUGCACAAUGAAUAGAUGAAGGUUUUAUGUUUACUGAAUGGUGUUUAUUUAUUUGUGAUUAUUUAUUUGUGCUGUGCAGCCGGGCAGGUGGUGGGUUCAGCGUGAAAUCAUCAAACCAAAAUUAAUCUCACAUUUGUUUAAUUUAACAUUUGUACUCGAUCUGAGCAGAUUAUGGAAAAAUCUGGUCUCAUAUUACAUAAAAGCAUGUGGAUGGUGAUUAUUAUUAUUACUAAUAAUAAAUUAUGACACCAAGGUUAGUUCAUUUUUGCAUUUGGACAGAAUUGAUGUUGCGUAAGUUUUACAAAUUUUCCACAUUAAUAAGCAUUCCAGUUUGGUCCUAAACAGCACAGUUAACAUGAGAAACGACCGGUUUUGUUACACCUGCUGGGCUCUACAGUUUCUACUCGAUUUGUGCAUCGAGUCACUUUACAGGUUAAUUUCUGUUGCACUGUGCAUCUCUGUGGGUUUUUCUUCUGUCUGAAGUUUCUGGAACACCUGGGAACCCGUCACCUUUGAUGUUUUUCAUGUCUUGUUUUGGUAAAAUUUAAUGAGUUUUAGUCUUCUUUUUUUUUUAAACACAAACCUUGUUUUUUCGCUGCUUUUCAGUUUACGACCUGAAAAUUUCCUCAUGAUUUGGACAGAUUAUGAUUUGACAGUAUUUAAGGGGACUGACUGGACUGAAACUCUAGUCUCUUUUGCACAUUUUUGUUUGUUUUUCUCUGCAACCAAAUUUCUGGAUGAACAAAGAGUUGUUUUCUUCGUUUGAUCUCACAGAAACUGAUCCAUUAGCAACGGAUGCCAAUAAAGACAAAUUUAUAAUUUG